AUGAUUAUCUUGAUUAAUGCGAAUCAAGAAAACAAUUCAAUCGUUUUAUAUAUUGGUGGUUUAUUUAAUUCUGAUAAUUCAUUCGUAAAUAAUGGUCAAUAUGAUUUACAAAUUGCUCAAAUGGCUAUUGAUGAAAUUAAUCUACGUAAUUAUGAUCUAUUCAAUGGUCGUUAUACUUUGACUUUACUAUCGAAUAAUUCUAAAUGUGAUCCAAUUUAUGCUGUUGAUGCUUUUUUUCAUGCAAUAUUUCGUUGUCCUCAAUUACUUUUUCUUAUCGGUACAUCAUGUUCAAAUGAAACAAAAGCUGUAAUUCAAGUAGCUGAUUAUUACAAUCUUAUUCUUUUUUCACAUUCAACUUCAUUUAUCUCACAAGCAAAUCAAACAUAUUCAACACUUGUUCGUCUUUCUGUAUCAGAUGAAAAUUAUAAUGAUGCACGUGUUGCUUUUAUUAAAUAUAAUAAUUGGUCACAUGUAGCUAUUCUUCAUCAAGAUUCAAUUGAAUAUUCUCUUAUGAUGGCUAAAUUAGCUAAACGUUUAAAUGAAUCAAAUAUUAAUGUUAUUCUAACACAAAGUGCGUCUAUGACUAAUCUUACGUCAGCACUUCAAACACUUCGAGAAAAAAAAGCUCGAAUUGUAUUUGUUAAUUUUGAUACAUCAUCAAGAGCUAUAUUCUUUUGUGAAGUAUAUCGAACAUUUACUAAAUCAUUACGUGAACGUUAUGUAUGGAUAUUAACUGGAAAUGAUUAUCAUUUAUGGAAUUUAUCAAUAAAUAAUUGUACAAAACAAGAAAUCAUUAAUUCAGCUCGUGGUCAUAUUAUAAUUGAUAGUUCAUAUGAAAUAAAACCAAGUUUAAUUAAUCCAAAUAGGACAGCACAACAAUUACAAAAACAUCUUCAUUUAAAUGAUCAUCUUGAUAGACAAACAUUACAUGCUUAUGAUGCUAUUUGGGUUAUUGCUUUACUUAUUCAAGCAUCAAUUAAAAAACAAAUAGAAAUUGAAAAAUUCACUUAUAGUUCAACAGAUACGAGAGAUCAAUGGUUAACUUUAUUAGAACAAAUCUAUUUUCAUGGAGUUUCUGGUCCUGUUUCAUUUCGAAAUCGGCAACGACAUGCAGAAACUCUUAUAAGUCAAUUUCAAAUCGAUUUAACACAACAACAACAACAACAAAUUCAAACUAUAGCUGAAUAUUCACAUGUAUUAGGGCUGAAUACAAAAUGUUCAAUAUGUCAAACAUUAAUUUGGUCAGGCGCAAUUCCAGUUGAUACUGAACGAAGUGAAGUUCGACGACUUGUUAUGAAUGUUGUUGAAAUUGCUCUUAUUACUACUAGUUGUAUAUUAGGUCUUGCACUUGCAAUUUUCUUUUUAACAUUUAAUAUUAUUAAUCGACAUCAACGUUAUAUUAAAUUAUCAAGUCCAAAAUUAAACAAUGUAAUGGUUCUUGGUGCCAUGCAUAUUCAUAUUUCAAUACUUCUUUUUGGUCUCGAUGAAUGGUUUCUUGAUCAUAAUUUACUUGGACAUGCAUGCAUGUUACGAAUGUUUCUAUUUUCUGGUGGUUUUUCAUUAAUGUUUGGUUCAAUGUUUUUAAAAACGUUACGUGUUUAUCGUAUAUUUACAUCUCGUAAUCGACCAAUACUACAUUCAAAACUUCUUCAUGAUCAUCAUCUUUUACUUAUAUGUUUUAUUUUAUAUGGUAUUGAUAUAAUAUUUAUGAUAUCUUGGCAAAUAUUUGAUCCAAAUUCAGCAAAAAUUACAUAUGGACCAAUCAGAAGACUUAAUAUGGAUAUUAUUGUUUUGGAUGAAAUAUCUUAUUGUGAUUCAAAAUAUCGACAUAAAAUUUUACCAUUAAUUUAUAUAUAUAAAUCUUUAUUUCUUAUAAUGGGUGGUUAUUUAGCUGCUAAAACACGUCAUGUUCAUAUAGCUGCAUUAAAUGAUUCAAAAUUUAUUGUAUGGAGUAUAUAUGUAGUUGUUUUAACUAGUUUAUUUACAUUUAUUGUAAUGAUUUUAAUGAAAAAUUUAACAACAUAUGUUGUUAUAUGUUUAAUUGUUAUUAUUAUGACAAGUUCAAUAUUAUGUUUAGUUUUUUUACCAAAAGUAUUCAUUUUACAAAAUCGGCAUAAAUCUUUACAUGCAGUCGUUUCAAAAGAUUUAGUUGUUGAUGAAUCACGUACAAGACGUUUAAUUAUUGAAAUAAGUUAUUAUGAAAAACAUCGUUAUGCACAAUUACAAAAUCGAGAACUUAAAGCGGAACUUAUUCGAUUAACUCAUAUUUUACAUGCUGUUGAACAAAAACUUGAUGCAAUGUCUUCAAAUGUUACUCUAGCUCUAUUACCAAUAGCUGUUCAUUUAGCAUCAACAUGUUUACAUACAUCUGAAGUUCAAUUAUCAGUUGCUGCAUCACCUAGUAAAAUAAAUAUUGAAUCGAUCAAACCUUCAACAGAACAAAUUAAUUGUCUUGAUCAUGAUUCAAUUAGUUCAAAUAAUACAUUAUUUCAUUUUGAUCAAACAAAUUUAUUAUCGUCACAAUCAUCAUCACUAUCUGAUCUUAAUCUUUCCAUAGCUUUACAAUCAAUUGAUGAUGUUAGUUCAUUACCAUUAAGUAUUUUAGAUAAUGAAGAAUAUUUAUCAACAGAUGAUGUUGAUGAUAAUAAAAGUCUAUUAUAUACACCAAUUCAAGCAACAAGUGAUAAUGAAUCGGUGCUUUAUUCACGUUUACCAAAUGAAUUAAAUAUAGGCACAGCAACAUUUGAUAGUGAUCUAGAAAGAAUAGAUUAA